CUACAGCCGGGAGGGUGCUCCCUGUGAGGAGGGAAAAGGUGUGUCUGCAGUCACCCAGUCGGAGAGGGUGACACAAGCCCGAUUAGGAAAUCCCUGGAGGAUGAGGGUAUAAAUCCCUGCCCGACCUCAGAGCUUGCACUGCAGGUGAAAGUCAGGCUGGCAGCCCUCCCUCCCCAGGGGACAGACACAGGUGAAGGAAUGCAGAGCUGCAGGCUGCAGGGUACUGGAUCAGAGCUCUCCACCUCCUGUGUGCCCCAGAGGGUGCUGGGGACCAUGCUCAUCUUGUACGUGUUGAUGGGUGUUUCUGCCUUGGCCACUCAGCCCAAGGAACGCACAGUGGCUGCAGGAAACUGCCAGUUUCGUGGCAAGCAUUUCAAAACCGACUUCAGGGUGGAAGGGGAGCCUGUGGUCCUGAGGUGCCCCCAGAUGCGGUCUUGGUUGUUGGCCUCUGCCACCCCUGAUGUCAAUCUGACCUGGCGUAGAAACGAUUCUGCUGGGCUAGUCCCAGAGGAAGAAGAGAGGCGAGUGUGGGUCCGGGAUGAUGCUCUGUGGAUUUUGCCAGCCUUUCGCAGGGACUCAGGCACCUACAUCUGUACAGCCAGAAAUGCCUCUUACUGUGAUGAAAUGUCCGUUGAGCUCAGAGUUUUUGAGAAGACAGAAGCUUCCCUGCCUUUCAUCUCAUACCCGCAAAUUCUAACCUUGUCAACCUCAGGGCCAUUAGUUUGCCCUGAGCUGAGUGAAUUCACCCAUAAUAAAACUGACAUGAAGCUUCAAUGGUACAAGGAUUCUGUCCUUUUGGAUCAGGACAACGAGAAGUUUCUCAGUGUGAAGGGAACGGCUCGCUUGCUCAUACACAAUGUGUCUGUAGAGGACGCCGGCUACUACAGCUGCGCCAUGACGUUUGUCCACAACGGCGCACAAUACAACAUCACUAGGAAUAUCAGACUCCAGGUGAACAAAAAAGAAGAGGAGACAAUUCCUGUGAUUAUCUCCCCCCACCAGACCAUAUUAGCUUCACUGGGGUCAAGACUGACAAUCCCGUGUAAGGUGUUUCUCGGAGCCGGCACACAGUCGACUACCACACUGUGGUGGAUGGCCAACAGCACGAACAUAGACCGCGCCUACCAUGGUGGCCGUGUGAGCGAGGGGCUGCGCCAGGAAUACUCAGAAAAUAAUGAGAACUACAUUGAAGUGCCAUUGAUUUUUGAUCCAGUCAUAAGAGAGGAUUUGAACACGGAUUUUAAAUGUGUUGUCCAUAAUACACUGAGUUUUCAGAUGCUACGUACCACAGUCAAAGAAGCUGCCACAUUCUCCUGGGGGAUUGCACUGGCCCCCCUUUUGCUGGUCUUCCUGGUUUUGGGGGGAAUUUGGAUGCACAGACGAUGGAAACGCAGAGUUGGAAAAGCAUAUGGUCUGACGGCAUUAAAGACUGGACAGCAAGGUUUCCCAUCCUACCCGAGUAAAGGAGUAAAGUAAAGGAAAUAAAAUAAUUCAGACACCAGGGUGGCUUUUCCUAUGGAA